AUGACGUCACCUUACAUGGAAAAUGGUAAAUGCACAAAAGGAUUUCCAAAAGAUUUUGUUAGAGAUACGAUAACUGGAAUUGAUGGCUAUCCUAUAUAUCGUCGAAGAAAUUCGGAAAAUGGAGGCCAAUCCUUUUCACUAAAGUUGAGAAAUAUUGAAUAUGAAGUUGAAGUAGACAAUAGAUGGGUAGUGCCAUAUUCGCCAUUGUUAACCAAGAUAUAUAAAGCGCACAUCAAUGUAGAAUUUUGUAGCUCCGUAAAAUCAAUAAAAUACAUUUGCAAAUAUGUUCAUAAAGGUAGUGAUAUGGCAGUAUUUGCAGUUCAAAAUAUAAAUGAAAAUGACGAAAUAACACGCUACCAAAUGGGCAGAUAUAUCAGCAGUAACGAAGCCAUAUGGCGAAUUUUUGGUUUUCAAAUACACGAACGAGAUCCAGCUGUAAUACAUUUAAGUAUACAUCUUGAAAAUGGUCAAGGUGUUUAUUUCAAUGAACAAAAUGCAAUAGAAAGGGCAUUAACAGCACCAAAAACUACGUUAACCGAGUUCUUUGAAUUGAAUAAAGAACAAAACAUUUUUGGGCAAAACGCAAGAACUUUACUUUAUUCGGAAGUUCCAACAUAUUUCAAAUGGAACAAAACUUUAAAAAAGUGGCAGCCACGUAAACGAGGUGUUGCAGUCAAUGGUUAUCCAGGAUUAUUUUCAGCAAACACACUGGGUCGUUUAUAUACUUAUUUGAGAACUGUCAAUGGUCAGCUACACAAUAUAUAUCAUGCUCCAUGUGGAGAAUUGCAAUUGCUGGAAAGCGAUAAUCAUUGGGACAUCACGCUCCGGGAUGCAGUAUUAAGUUCUUUUCCAAAUCAAAUUCGUCAAUUAUUCACCAUAUUGUUGACAACAUAUUUUCCAAAUAAUCCCAAAGAAUUGUGGGAAAAAUAUAAAUGCUCAAUGAGUGAAGAUAUACUACAUAGACAUAGAACAACAAAUCAUGACUCAAAUAUUCAAUUCAAUCGUGAAAUUUAUAACGAAGCUUUGAUUAUGAUCGAAGACUUAUGUUUACUUAUAUCAAAUCAACCACUUAAAUUAUUAGGAUUGUAUUCGCCAAAUCGUUUGGCAACCGAUCUAUUUAACAAUGAUAUGCAGCGCGAACUUCAGUACCAACAAAAGCUUAUUUAUGAUCGGGUUUCGAACGCAAUUGCGGCAAAAGAAGGCGGCUUUUUUUUCUUGUAUGCACCAGGUGGAACUGGAAAAACUUUCUUAAUUUCAGUCAUUCUUGCAAAGGUUAGGAUGCAAGGUAAUAUCGCUUUAGCACUUGCAUCAUCUGGAAUCGCUGCGACAUUUUUAGAUGGUGGUAGAACAGCCCAUUGGGCACUAAAGUUGCCACUAAACAUACAUUCAUGUGAAAAUGCAGUAUGCAAUAUAAAGAAACAUUCCAAUAUGGCUAAAGUACUUCAAAAAUGUCACAUCAUUGUUUGGGAUGAAUGCACAAUGGCACAUAAGUAUUCAUUUGGAAAAUUCAGAGGAGAAAAUAUAUUGCUUCCACGCAUACCAAUUAUACCAACCGUUGUUCCAAUUCAAUUCAAACGAUUGCAAUUUCCAAUUCGUUUAGCAUUUGCGAUGACAAUUAAUAAAUCUCAAGGUCAAACAUUAAAAGUAUGUGGACUGAAUUUGGAAAAUCCAUGUUUUUCGCAUGGGCAACUAUAUGUUGCAUGUUCCCGUGUUGGAAAACCUUCUGAUCUAUAUAUAUACGGUCAAAAUGGCUUAACAAAAAAUAUUGUUCAUGAUUUAGCUUUAAGAUAA